AUGUCUCAGAGUAAAAACGGGGAUGAAGAUUUUACUUCGGUGAAGAGAUUGAAUAUUAAGAAUGCAGAUUGGGAAAAGUUUGACAAGGAGCUUUCUUCUACCAUUAAAGAUUUUAAUGUGCAUAACAAAACUCUAAAAUCAACUGACCAAAUUGAUGACCAAGCUAAAGUUCUUGAGGAGAUUGUAAAAAGAGCAAUGGCAAAGUCGAUGAAGAAAGUUAAGGUGAUGAAAAAGUCCAAACGCUAUUGGAAUCAAGAAUUAAGGGAGAAGUUAGAAAAAGCGCUAGAAGCUAAAAGGGAAGCCCGUCAAAGGCAACCUUCUUUGGCUUUGAAACGACAAAAAAUUGAAGAGGCGAAAAAAGCUAGAAAAAUUUUUGACCACAGUUUGCGUGAAGCAAGUACUGAGCAAUGGAAUAAAUAUUUGUCUAGUUUAGAAGGAAAUGACAUUUGGAAGAUUUUGAAGUACAUUAAUCCAAAAAGCAAUGAUACCAUUAUACCACAAAUUAGAAAAGAAGAUGGAACUCUCACUACUACUGUUGACGAAAAAAGACAUGAAAUAUGGAAGGCACUUCUACCUGAAAUUGACCAUGGUCUUGAUAGAGAGUUUGAAAUUGAUGACGAUUCUCGAUGGCCAAAAUUAGAGUUUGAUGAAGUUGACUCUGCAUUGGCUGAUACCCCAAAUGAUAAAGCUCCAGGAGACGAUGGAAUUACUGGCAAAGUUUUAAAGAUGGCAUGGCUAAAUAAAGACUUUAAGGAAAGGUUUUUCAAGCUUCUCCAAGCUUGUGUAAAGUUUGGAUACCACCCAAAAGUCUGGAGACAUGGCAUUAUUGUUGUUAUACCUAAACCUAAGAAACCUGACUAUUCAAAGCCAAGAGCAUACCGACCAAUUUCCUUACUUAAGAUUCCAUCUAAAGUACUGGAAAAAAUUAUACAAAAAAGAAUGACCAAGCUUACAACACACUUACUUCCACCAGAGCAAUAUGGGGGAAGACAAGGUUAUUGUGCUACUGAUGCUGUUUUGGAACUUAUCCAAAGAAUUGAAACUAUAGUAAAAAAAAAUUUCAGCUAUGCUCAUUGA